CAUCCAAAUAUUGUUGCCGAAGUGAAGACAGAAGGAUUCGAUCUAUUGUCGAAGGAGAGCAUCAUUUUGCAAAAUAAGAAUAAUAAUGCAGCCAGCAUGGAGGGCGAUGCUUGGGUAUUGAGUUUCUUUGAAGCUGAAAAUCGUUUGUUGCAAGGUGGCUGCCGGCGUCGUUGUUUAAGUAUUUUAAAGACACUUAGAGAUCGUCACCUUGAUCUGCCCGGCAAUCCAAUCACAGCUUAUCACUUGAAGAAUCUCUUGCUUUAUGAAUGUGAGAAACAUCCGCGUGACUAUGAAUGGGAAGAGGCAUCCAUAGCUGAUCGUCUUAAUGGCAUCUUCUUGCAAUUAAUCUCAUGUUUACAAUACCGUCGUUGUCCACACUAUUUUCUGCCAAGUUUAGAUAUGUUUAAAGGUAAAUCUCCAAGCGCACUGGAACAGGCUGCGAAGCAAGUUUGGCGUUUAACACGCGAAAUGCUGACCAAUGCAAAUGCAUUUGAAAAAUUGUAAAAUUAAAGAAGUUCUAUAAAACCAAAAUAUUUCUUUAAAAAAAAAAUAUGAAAAAAUUCAAAAAAUACUAAAGAAAAUUAGCCGAACAAUGUGUGGAGUGUAACUGAAGGUGCUGUUCAAUGUUUGUUUUUUAGAUAACAGAUUUUUUUUUUUUAAUAAUUUUUUUUUUCCUUUUUUUCUAAUUGUUUACUAACAAUGAAGAUUUAGUUAGCAGGAUAUUUUGAUAAGGAUAUAUAAGAGUAUACGCGCCAGCGUGGCUGUUAAAAGCCGUUGCAUACAAGCCAGAUGCAAGUAAUCUGAACAUGAGUAAGAUUAAAUGUGAAAAAAAGAUUAAAAAAUAUAAAUGCCAACAAAAACUGUAAAAGAUGUGCGAAAAGACACAAAAAACUUCAAAUUAUUAAUAGCAAAAAAUUGAGAUUUUUAUUCUGAUAUGAAAAAUACUCAUAUGAAAUACACAAAAAAAAAAACCAUAAUCCUUAUAUCGCUAGUAAUAACAUAAGUAAAGGAUCAAAUGAGAUACAAAAAUAUACAACAAAAAAAAAAAAUUUAAACAAAAUGUUAUAAGAAAAUUCAGACAUAAAUAAAUAAUAAUUCAUAUGAUAUAAAAAAAUUAAACGGAAUGUCAAGAAGUAAUUAAUUCUAACUUCUUCAAAUUUUGAUUUAAGAUCACGGGCAUUACCUUGGUUUUUUUCAUAUUAAAAUUUAUUAAU